AAACAGACCAUUCAGAAGAUAGCCAUGCUGUAAACGCGGAAGAAACAAUGGACACUUCGUAGCGGAGACUGAAAUGCUUGAGUAAGGGAGGACCGUUCGUGGCCAUGCCUUCCAAGCCAGAGUCCGGUCCGGUGGCCUUACCUCGCUGGGAGAUUGCCCUCUACUGGGUGCUCUCUCUCGCCUCCCAUCUGUACUCUUUUUACGAGCUGCACAGAUUCUCCAAAGAACAUGAACGUGGACUGGACAGAGAGCUCCCGCUGGAGAAAGGCUUCAUUGGGGGCCUGAGGAGGGAUGCUGCGGACUUCGAGUGGAGCUUUUGGGGUGACUGGGCCAGGCGGUCCUUGCUCUGGUCUCUGCUUGGCCAUGCUGUCCUGUCCAGGCUUGCUAGCGUUUAUCUACCUCAGUGGCAUCUUGCUAUACUCACAGGUUACGGAGUGCUGGCUGCCUGCAACCUGCUGGGGCUUAGAGGUGUGGCCGUCUUGAUGUUGCAGCUGAGCCUCUCAUUGGCUGUUGCUCAGCUACAUAACCCCGCCCUCUGCUGGGGCUCCUCCCUCCUGCUGCUCUCCACCAUUCACAUCAGUAGUCUGCAAGACGUCCAGCGUGGCUGGUAUGAGUCGGAGGAGCAGUACUACCUCCUUAUCUUCAGCGUGGCCGUGUGUGGCCUCCGCUGCAUCAGCUUCAGCCUGGAGUUCUGCUGGAGUGACCAGUGCUGCCCCCUGGCGGCAGGAGGACCACAGUGCGCCAGUGUCCCCAGGGCCUUCCUCUCCCAGCUGUACAGGCUGUCGGCCUACUGCUUCUACCACCCUGUCUUCUACAAUGGGCCCAUCAUCACAUACAGGGACUUUAGCAAACAGAUGCUGAGGCCCUGUGUGGGUGUGUGUGGCGUGUCGGCGGUGUGUGUGCUGAAGAGCGCUGUGCGCUUGUGUGUGUGGUGGUGUGUGGCCGAGACCCUGAUCCACUGCAUGCACAUGCACAGCAUCCAGGGCAACGAGACCUACCUGGAGAUCCUGCCACCAUGGGCUCUCGGAGGCUUGGCUCUGGGCCUGGUGCAGUUCUUCUAUGUGAAGUACCUGGUGCUGUUUGGGCUUCCGUCUCUGCUGGUGCGAAUGGACGGAGUGGAACCGCCCCAACUGCCCCGCUGUGUCAGCAUCAUGUACAGCUUCACCGGGAUGUGGAGACACUUUGAUGUGGGACUCUACAGGUGGCUCAUCAGGUACAUCUACGUGCCUCUUGGCGGUUCUCGGCAUGGCGUGUUGCGGAAGGUGGUGUCCACAGCACUGGCGUUUGGCUUCGUGUGCUUCUGGCACGGUGGCCAUGACUACCUGCAGCAGUGGGCCCUGCUCAACUGGACUGGCAUCCUGCUGGAGACCACACUGGGCACGCUCCUCACUGCCCCUCCGCUCCCAACCUCAUCGAAUGUGUUCUGUCUCCGCCCAUGAGGAGGCGGGGCCUGGCCUUUAUCUCCGCCUUCUCCACGGGCCUCCUCAUCUUGUCCAAUCUGAUCUUCCUGGGCGGAGACCAUGUUGGGAGAAUCUUCUGGAAGAGGGUGUUUGUGCAAGGGUGGUCCAACAUCGCCAUCCCCAUGCUGGGCUUCCUCUACUGCUUCGCUCAGGUGGGACUGGAGUGGGACCACAAGGCCCGGUGACAUCACACUCUCAUCAUGCACCACAAGGCCCGGUGACAUCACUCCCAUCAUGCACCACAAGGUCCGGUGACAUCACUCCCAUCAUGCACCACAAGGCCUCAUGACAUUACACUUCCAUCAUGUCCCAGUGACCAGGCUGGAGUGGCACCGCAAGGUCCGGUGACAUCGGACUCCCAUCAUGCCUCAGUGACCAGGCCGUGACGGAGCUGACGUCAGUCGUCACCAAAACACCCACCUGCUCCUCCGCAGGAUGAAGCUGAAAGCCUAUUUUAAAACCAAACUCUUUGAAAUGUAUGAAUUCCAUAUGCUUGUCCUGACUUUUAUGUACAUGAAAGCCUGUUCCCCGCCCGCACGUAUGAUGAUAAUGAUGUCUGUCUGUAUGUUCGUGACUGAUUUGGAAUCAG